AUUAUAAGAGUAGUGAUAGAUUUGCGAACGUGUCAAACGCUCGUGCUAAAACAGGCGUGGUUUAAGACUGACUUUUAUAGACAUAGAUGUAGUGUUGUGUGAAAAUGGGUUUCAAGUUGUUGUAUUUUCUAUCUGUGAUAGCGGCUGUAUCAGCACAAAACUAUCGUGUGUGCAUUUCAUCAUCGAAUCCAGUAUUAUGUCAGAGUUUAGACAAAGAUGGAAGCCAGGCGGUUUGUGAGUCUGUGGAAUCCAGAAUCGAUUGUGCCCUCAAAAUAGCGAGAGGCGAAGCCCACCUUGGAGUUUUCUCUGAAGAGGAAAUGGUGCUUCUGUCUCAACAGCAGCCCGAAGCCAGCAGAGUGGUCGCGUCUAUUCGAGAUGUUUCUAGAAACGAGCCAUACGCUUUCGAAGCGGUGGCGAUAGUGCCCGUGACCCACACAGGCGGUCUGGAUGGUCUGCGUGGGGGGAGCUACUGCCACCCCGGUCUGGACGAACCGGAUCUCAGGUGGUCUCCCAGGGUGCUGAAGAGCUUGGAGCGCGCCGCAGCGCGCACAGACCGCUGCCCCAAUACGGACACCAACGGGCGGACGGCGGAGGAGCUGGAGGUGGACACGCUCAGCCAGUUCUUCGGCAGCGCGUGCCGCCCGGGGCCCUGGAGCGUCAACGCGUCCCUGGACGCCACCCUCAAGAGCCGCUUCCAGUCCCUCUGCUCGCUGUGCGGCGACCAGUCCAACUGCGCGCGGUACACCAUCGACAUGGGCGUGUCCAUUGCGGGUGUACGCAACGACAACAGACACAUACAGGCGCUCGAGUGCCUGCGCAGGAGCAACGGCACGGCGGUCGCGUACGUCGCGUGGCAGCACGUCCGCGAGUUCUUCACUAUCCGCAACCCGGAGGCGGCGAGCGCGUACGCGGCGCUGUGCCCCGACGGGAGCGCCAGCGCCCUGUCGCCCGACGCGCUCGCGCAGCCCGCCGCGCCCUGCGCCUUCGCGCGCCAGCCCUGGGGCGCGCUGCUCGCCAACACUGAUAAGGCGCAAGAAAUACAGAGCAACCUGCGCACGUGGUGGCCGAGCGGCGCCAGCCCGGGCGGCAGCGGGUGGCAGGCGGUGCUGUUCGGCGCCAUCGUGGGCGGCUCCAACGCGAGGGUCUUCUUCGAAGACGGUCUACCGAGCCCCGCUAAUUAUUCCGGCAGCUUGCGCAAUCUUCCCGCAAUGGACGCGUCCCCGAGCUGCGUGCCGGCGCGCCGCUGGUGCACCAUCUCCCCACUGGAACACACCAAGUGCACGUGGCUGCAGAUGGCCGCGCACACGCUGGGCAUCGAACCCGCGCUCUCGUGCCAGCAGCGCAGCGACGUGUUCCAGUGCUUGACCGAUAUCAGAGACAAUACGGCUGAUUUCAUCGCUACACCUGCUAAUUAUGGAUACUUGGCCAGACAACACUACGGGCUGUCGGCGGUGAAGCUGGUGCAGAACUCCCGCAGCGACCCCGCCGCCUUCAGCCGCGUGGCGGCGCUGCUGCGGGAGAGCACCGCGCAGACCAACAUCACGAGGUUCGAGAACCUUCGCGGGAAGAAGGCCUGCUUCCCGGAGUUUGGCGGGAUCUCGUACGUGUCGUUCCUGCGCGCGGCGCACGAGCGCGAGGUGGUCAGCGCGUCGGAGUGCGACUACGCGCGCGCCGUCGGCGAGUUCUUCGGCGGCGCCUGCGCGCCCGGCGCGCUCGACGCCUCGCACGCCUUCGAUAGAUCCGACUUCGACGCCACACCGCUGUGUUCCCUAUGCAAGCCCAGUGUUACCGUGGUUGGUAACUUCUCGCAACCGCAAGUGUGCUCGUACGACAGCAGCAACAAGUACUACGGCAACAACGGCUCGGUCGCCUGCCUCGCCGACCCCGACAGCGACGUGGCCUUCCUCGACCUGGCUGGCAUUAGCGCCAACCUCGCGGCGGCGAACCUGGCGGAGUCGCAGGUGCGGGUGCUCUGCCGGAACAACACGCUGGCCGCUUACCCCGGCGUCAGCGUCGACCAGAACUGCUUGCUGGCUUACGUCGUCGACUCCGAGGUCUUGGCAAGGAGAAACGACCCGCUGCUGAACAGCCUGAACGCGCUGCUGGACACGCUGGACAACUACUUCGGCUACAACGCGGCGACGUCCGCGCAACUCAUCAACAUGGAGAUGUACUCGGCCUUCGACGGCGCCGGCGACCUGCUGUUCCGCAGCACGGCGGUCGGGCUCGCGGAGCCGUCCGCCGCCGCCGCCAGCGAGCCGGCGCGCAACUACAACCAGCUGUUCCAGCACUUGGACUCGUGCACCUCCGCCGCGCCCGCCUCCACGGGCCUCUUCGCUUGCGCCACCCUCGUGCUCGUGGCGCUGGUCACGCGCUUGCUCGUCUGCUGAGACCUACGCGCUGCUCCAAGCGCGAACUGUACAAAUUGUUCAGAAAUUUUGAAAGAAUAGAAAAAAUUUGAUCA